AUGGACAAGCUUGAGGUUAGCAAGACUUUGAGUCUGGAAGGAUGGCCUGAAUACUGCUUCUGGGAAAGUGAAGUGUAUCUAAAGGCCAGGAACUGUCGUUUUUUCAAAAAACACCUUUUCAAGUACCUUGACCAUGGGACUAAGUUUUAUGCCUUUUUUACCUGGGCCAGGAGAUGGAUCACACUCGUUUCUAAACAGUAUGUUGAACCUUAUAAGUUCUAUCCUCUCCCAGUAUCGGACCAAAUUAUGUAUUGGCAGCCCAUAUUUUCGAAACGUGUUAGUGAUGGGUUGAUUAGUCUGGACAAAGAGGUUGCCUCUGGGUCGCAAACGAAGAAGAAAACUAAAAAGUACAAAUCAGUAAUGCUUCGUGCCUUAUUCUUAACAUUUUGGAAGCGGAUGCUUUUGAUUAUGUUUAGUUUUUUUGUGUUAAACACCUCUACAAUGUGUCUCGUUUUUAUCGUUAAGAGGAUUAUUUACCUUAUGGUUGAUGAACCUGAUAGGUAUGUUUUAUUAUAUUCGUUGAUUUUAUCAUUGGCUUUUUUACAGUUUUUUAUAGCAAUAUUUAUGGAUCACGCGAACUUUUAUAUGUACAGGCUAAUUCAUGUAAUACAGUAUCUAUUUUCCAUCACCAUAUUUCAAAAUGGCCUAUGCCAUAGACGUAGGUUCGCAAAUAACAUAAACGGCUCCAACCAAUUGAAUGUGUGUAACCAGGUACUACACAGUUGUUCACCUGACUCAGAGUGUUCUAAAAAUCCACUAUUCUGUCAAGCUCUACGAUACCAAAAUAAAGAUAUAAACUCAAGAAUAUUCGCUUUCGAGUUUAUGGAUUCAUACUACAUCUCACUUUUUAUUGAGUCGGUUAUAUAUAUUUUACAGUUCAUGUUUAACUUCAUUGCUGGGUUCUGGGUGGUUAAGCAUUGCAUACCUAUUAGGGUUUGGCCCAUGUACGUCUUUUAUUUGUCGGUUACGUUCCUGAUGGGUAUUGUCGAACUUUUCAAUACCUUGAUUUUAAAAUAUAUUUACGGCUUGAAGGAUUAUCGAAUAAAUAAAUCUAGGGAGAUAAUUGCAGGAUUAAACUUAAUUGACAAAAUGUGUAUGGACGACAUUGCACAUAACAUAAUAACGCGCACAAGGAACAACGAGCUCAUGUUACUUUUUUUAAGAUUUUUACUGUCAUUCCUCAAUAGGUUGUUUGUAAACGUUCUUACAUCGUUUUCAGUGUAUCAUGUCCUAAAUGAUUUGGUAAAUGAAAUUAUCAAAACAAAGGAUAUUAAAAAAUUUGAAACUGCUCCGCUGGUUGCAACUAUGACUGUGAUGCUCAAGAUUUCAGAUUCGAUGUUGUUCGUACCUGACGCAAUGAAAUUUUUUACGUAUUCUUUGAUGUCAUAUCUCAGAGCUGAGUACUACAUGAAUGAUUGUUCUCCAAACUUUUAUAUCAGUGACAACCGGUUUACUGGUUCCACUCAGACGUCCACCGACAUCACUAGCAUUACCAUCCAAAUACCUAACGAUGUUGUUGUAUAUUACAAAGACGCCACAUUCACAUGGGUCAACACACGCGACGACCUAAUAAACAAAAACUAUGAACCGUUAUUGAAGAACAUCAAUUUUGAACUAAAACGUGGUGAGAUGGCAGUUGUCACAGGCUCAAAAGGUGCUGGCAAAUCUAACUUUAUCAAAUCAAUGCUUGGUGAGAUGACCCUAGUGGGUGGCUCAAUGGCAGUUAUACCUCUACACACAUCAAUGCCAAUAUUUUAUGCAUCACAAGACAUAUUCCUGCAACAGGGUACUAUUAGAUCCAACAUUGUAUUUGGUCAUAAGUUUGAUGAUAAUUUAUAUAACACUGUGCUUAAAGCUGUGGAACUUGAGUAUGAUAUAUCAACCUGGGAGAAGGGUGACCUUAGAGUAGUGUCAGAUAAUGCCCAUUCACUCAGUGGAGGUCAACGUGUAAGAGUAGAAAUGGCUCGUGCAAUUUAUGCAUAUUUGGUGUUCCAUAAAGUCAACAAGGAGUAUAACAACAGUCAAUGUUCAUUCUUGAUGUGUUUGGAUGCCUCGUUUCAUGGCCUAGAUCCAUAUGUAUCCAAAACUAUAUUCAAUAACCUGUUUAACAGUAAAACUGGGUUAUUGUCAAAGAAUGAUGUUUGUAUUGUCUUAUGUUCUACAAAAAGGGAACUUAUAGGACUUUCGUCAUCUGAAGUACCGUUCCUGAACAUGUCCUUGUACAACAUUGGUAAUAAGAACCUGAAUAAGAUUAAGGAUAUUAGACAUCCAGAGACGACUAGGAAUGCUUUAUCCUCCCGACUACAGGCUAUACCAGCUGAUGAAAUAAUAAAGUUGUGUGAAUCUGGUGAAAACGGCCGCGAAGGGCGAAUUUUACUAGUAACAAAAAAGUACGAGGAUUCGUUGAUAAUAAGCCCUGAAUCAAAAGUAACGAAGCAGAAGAUCGGAUUGGCCUUUAAGCCAUAUCUUAUGUACGCAAAAUCAAUAGGGUUUCUAUUUGUGCUUUUCAUCAUAUUCACCAUUGCUUACGAAGCCAUUGAAACGUCCAAAUAUGUGCUUGCUGGUGAUUUAGGAGGGGAAAUAUUGAGAACGUUAAGAAAAACAUCAGAUCCGGAGGAAUACAUCGAGGCAUUCCAAAAGAUUCGAAAAUUGUGUGAUGAUACACUAUUGAAAAUUAAGAAACUGACAGUGACUCUUCUAGUUUUCUGCUUUUUUGCCAAUUUCGUACUGACGUUCUGCUGCCUUCGUGGAUGUAAAAGGAUACACGAGUACUGUAUAAAUUCACUCAUAAAUAACAAGUCCUCCGUCGUGAGAAUUAAGCAAUACAGCAGUGAAAUCGUAACAUUCUUGGCUUCUGACGUCUUCAUAAUAGAUGAGAACUUUGGCCCUUGUCUAUCCACAAUGCUGAUACUGUUUAUAGAGGUGCUUCUUCAGACGUUGAUUUUGGCAUAUUACUUUCCAAUUUGUAUACCUUUUGUAAUAAUAUGCAUUUUUCUAAUCAUUAACUAUGUGUUUAAAAAAUUUGUUCACGCAUCAAAAAACCUACAGAUUGCAUCCCUGGAAUCUCUAUCCAGGAACAAUUCGGUUUGUCAAAACGCAGUUUCGUCAUCGUCAACAUAUCGUAGCUUCAAGAAGGAAUCCACCCUUUUGAGUAACGUAAUAGAGUACACUGACUAUUGUAUAAGGUCCUGGUUCUAUUCUAAGUCGUUCCUUUCAUGGGCCUCCUUCGUCUCUAAGUUCAUAUUUUUUAUAAUGACAUUAUCGUCAUUCGUUAUUCCGAUGAUUUACCAAGAAUUGACUGAGGUAACAGAUUUUGUCGCAGUAUACGGCUUUAACAUUUUGCAAAAUUUAAGGAUUAUGUUCACAUUUACAAACCUUGUCGUCACAAUCGCAAGGCUUGAAAUGUUAAUGUGCUCCAUCAAGAGAUUUGAGUGUUUUAUACCGCCAGGUCAAAAGUGCAAGUUCCAAAAGUAUAGAAAUGUAUACAAAGAGGAAUUAGUACUGGAUGUGAAAUCCUACAGAGGUAGCGAUUCUACUGAGACUGAAAUAACUAAAUCGCUAGUCUCAAGAAGAAGGAAAGAAUUUAAAGAGGACAACAGAAAAUUUUAUUAUGUUAGAAGACUUUUUCAUUAUCCCAAAAUAUCCAUUUUAGAUGUUGGUCGCUACCUGACUCCAGAACAUACCGGUGUUGAGCUGAAAGAUGUGUGUGUGUACACUUCUACCGAACACACUUCAGAGAGUAUGAUUCUGAAGCAUGUUUCGGUUUCAGCGCAUAGGUCUGAAAUUAUUGGUAUGGUUGGUAGAACAGGUGCUGGUAAGACAACUUUGUUGUCAGUGUUACAAAACGUAGUUGAGAACAGAACAGGUCAAGUACUAUUGGAUGGCAAGGACCUGAAUGACAUCCCCAAGGUUGUCCUAAGACAGAUUAUAGGUGUGUUACCACAACUGCCAUUUGUGUUCAAGGGUUGGACUAUUAGGAGGUUCCUCGAUCCCAGAAAGUUGUUUAGUGACGAUGAGAUUAACCAGGCCCUUAAUGAUUGUGGUCUUUUGGAAUUUGUUAAUGAUAUUCCCGGAGGCAAGAAGUUGGAUACCGUUAUAAUACAAGAUAAUUUGAACCUUUAUAUGCCGACCAAAAAGAACAUUACUCAGUUGAAUACUGAAAACCUUAAGGAGUAUUAUGAAGAGUGUGAUAUGCUGCUUUCAAACACUCAGCUUAGAACCCUGUCAUUGGCGAGACUAGUCUUGUAUAAAAAACUGUAUAGGGUAAUUUUGGUGGAUGAACCUCCUGAAAACUCAGAUGAAAACGAAAACAGCGGAUUUGACUCAGACAGAAAGGCGAUUGGAGUACCCAUAUAUGAGUUGCUUAAGACGCAUUUCCAGCAUUGUACCACGUUUGUUACUGCACAUGAUUCAAAUGCCCUGAGGAUGUGUAACUCCGUAUGGAUAUUACACCACGGCACAUUCAUGGGUAAAUGCGGCACUGAAGAGAUCUUAAAGGACAAUUCUAUUGCCAAUAUAGUACAAAAGUUUGUAAAAUAG